CAUCACCAAAGGCCGACCUUUGGCGCAGACGAACAAAAGCCAAUUUGGUUGACUUUUAUCAGUACCGGCCCCCACCUCCAACUCUUCUAUAUGUUGAGUGUUUCAGCGCAAAUCAUGUCUCAUACUUCCCACCAUAGUCCACUUUUCUUGCAGUCAGCUUCCUCAAUCUUUUGUCUACUUAUCUAUGGAGCCAGGAGGUGAAGUUAUAGCUAUGGCUGAGGCAGCGCUGGAAACGGAGAGAGAAUCGCUAAGAGCUCGUCAACUUGCACUUGAAGCGAAGAUUAGUGAGCGUGCAGUGCUAUUGAAAAGGAAGCGAAUGAUGGCUGCAAAGGAGGCCGAUAAGCAAAAAGUGAUUGCUAAUUUCAUGCUCUUCAUUGAAGCAAUUGAGAAAAAUGAUAUGGAGACUGCCAACAAGUUCGAUGAAAAAGCAAUGAAGAACACUAUUUUCACUAUGAUGAGCGAUGCUGGAGGAUUUGGAAAGAAGAAAUAGUAAUGUUUUCAGAGCUUAAGCCAUUGCCUGUUUGGAUUUGAAACUGGUUAUAUGACUUGUUCUGUCCAUACAGGCGUUAAUAAACUCCGAAUUGUCAUGACUGUUGUUUAAUGUUUUCAAUAAUGAAUCGUUGUGUGGUUUUGUUUUUUGUUCAUUUGGGUUUGUAGGACUGUAACAUUUCCAAGUUAAUAUGAUUGGGACAUGGUGGGUUAUGUUGUUCGUUCAAGUUACAGAGUGUGAUGUUUCCUGGCUUAUGUUGUUCUGAACGGUGACUCUUUGAUAGUAAUGGAAGGAUAUCAUUAUUUUAGAGAAAAA